CGAAUUGUACCAGACCCAAAUCAUCAUUUGCAUCGUCAUCAUCAACUAGGUAGCCACUUACACGACUAAUCUGGAUAUCCAGCUAUCUGAAGAUUCAUUAAAGUCUAUCAUCACGAACACGACUUAAUCCUAUCGAUUUCUCGUCUAGAAGAGUAACAACAAUAUCCUCUAAUACGAUCCGAGCAUCCACAACGAACGAUAGCUAGUGCGCUGCCUGUGAAACGAACUCCAUUAGUGAUGGUUGUGAUUUUGGAAGUCGGCAUUUAUAUCUAACUAUUACAUCCAUAUAAAGCUUGACCAUGGCUGCCCCGACAGGGAACCAGGGCUGGGCUCAAUUGCGCCAGCAAGCUCGGAGUUUAGAGUCUCAGACGGAAACGUUAUUCCACACAUACUCUCAGUUUUCUACUGUUGCCAAUAUCCCGGCGAAGCCGACUAAAGAAGAACGAGAAACGGAAGGAAAAUUGGAGGAGAUACUUGAUAAAAGGGAUAGUGUGGUCAAUCAAUUAGGACGCCUACUAGAUUCGGAAGCGAGCCUUACAUCAUCAGCUCUAAAACAGAAUAAUCUUUCUCUCCUCCGCGAGAAGCUCGCCGAACACAGACGAGACCUCGGGCGAUUGCGGUCUGGCUUACAAGAAGCAAGAAACCGCUCAAACCUCCUCUCAAAUGUUCGAGACGACAUCCAGACAUACCGAGCGAAUAAUCCCGAAGCCGCCGAGGCCGAGUACAUGUUAGACGAACGGAACCGCAUCGACAACAGCCACAAUAUGGUUGACAGCGUCCUCAGUCAGGCGUAUGCCACCAACGAAAACUUCAUCGUACAACGGGAAACCCUAGCCAACAUCAAUAGAAGAAUCACCAUGGCCGCGAGCCAAGUUCCUGGCUUAAACACUAUAAUCGGCAAGAUUUCGGCGCGGAAGCGACGCGACAGUCUUAUUAUGGGUGGCUUCAUCGCUUUCUGCUUCGUAAUCUUCUUUUUCUUCUUGUAGACGGGUACAGUGAAGAUCGACUUCCUCGUUUUUGUUUUCGGCGUGAUGAACAAAUACCUUGGCUUUUCGAGUUUGCAUCAUUGUCCUGCAAGGCGUUCGGGUGUUUUUAAGGCGGCCCCAGAUUAUGUUGUAUAAUACGAACGGAAGAUAUGUUAAAGAAUUAGCCUU